AUGAAAGCUGAAGCUUAUAUCAGAGAAGUGCAAUGCAGAUUUGAGGGAAAAGGUGAUACAUAUGACAAGUUUCGAAUGCUAUUGAGUGGCUUCAGAGAAAAACAAUUUGAUGUUGCAGGUGUUGCAGGGAGAAUUAUGGAGUUGUUUGAUGGGCAUCCUGAUCUGAUUUCUAAGUUCGAGUGCUUCAUGCGUCGAGACCACAACGACGACGAAGAAGAUGAUGAAGAUAAUGAUAGUGAGAGGACUCCAGAAGAAUUUCCUGUUGCUGUUCGAAAAGCCAUUGAAUUCGUGAAUAAGGUGAAGAAGCGUUUUCGGAAAGAGGAACAUGUCUAUAGGGCUUUCCUACUGAUUAUGAGUCAAAUUCAAGAUGGAUUUUCAGUACAAAAGCGCCACAUCAAUGAAGUUGCAGCUCUUUUCCAGGGCCAUCCUGAUUUGCUUGAUGGGUUCAGUCGGAUCGUAAUGGAAUCAAUAGACACAAAAUCAAGUUUAUUGAAGGAAAACAAACAGCAGAAACAUACGGCAAAGCCUGUUCAUGAGCUGGACCUUUCUAAAUCCCAGCAAGUUUCGCCCAGCUACUGGCUUUUGCCGGAGAGUUUUCCGAUGCCAUUGGUAAGCAACAGAUCGGAGAUUGGUGAUCAAGUUUUGAAUGAUAGGUUGGUAUGUAUGAAUACAAAUAGUGUGGAUUCCUAUUCUAAGCAAAGGCAUAGAACAAAGGAGGAGGAAAUCCUCUUGAGAUGCGAAGACGAUAGAUUUGAGAUGGAUUUGUUGCUGAAAUAUGUAACUUCAGCUUCUGAGAGGGUGCAAGACUUAUUGAUCAAAAUCCAUCAGAACAAAAUCCAGACUGCAACAAUAAAGAUUAAAGAUUACUUGACUCGCUUUGAUUUAAGAUGCAUAGAACGUUUGUAUGGUGAACAUGGGCUCGAGAUGGUAAAACUGUUGCAUAACAGUCCAGUUUUUGCAUUGCAAGUCAUCUUGCCACGCCUCAUUCAGAAAAGAGAAGAGUUGAAAAUGUGUCUUUCGGAUUUUGACAAGGUUUGCCAUCAGGUGUACGCCAAGAACCAGUUCAGAUUGCAAGAAAAGCAACAUGACCUGUUGAAGAACAUGAGCACAGAAGCUGUAGUGACUGAUUUCCAAGACAAUGAAGAGAAAGUGCCGAAGAAAUAUGAUGAGACAAUGCAUAAAGAGGAUGAAGAGACCAUGAAAGAAACUGGAAAUGAGCAAUCUGAUGACAAGAAGCAAUGA